AUGGCCUCUACAUCCGUGUCAACGCGCUCUUCGCCUUUCCUUCGAUUCAGUAACAAUAAUCAGCGACGAGUCUCCUAUUCUUCUUUCGUCGUCGAUGGUGACGACAGACACAAAAAUAACAACAACAACAACAAAAAUAUUAUGAGUAGCAGCGGCAGUAGAAGAAGAGGAACGAAUAUAAAUAGAGACAGACAACGCGGCGGUGUAAUGAUCAUACACGCAGCUGGUCACGGACACGGACACGGCUCGGCAUCUUCCACGGAGAGACGCCCGGGAGAAAAUAAAGGUUUCGUCGAGGAGAUGCGUUUUGUGGCCAUGAAGCUCCACACACGAGAGCAAGCGCCAAAGGAAGGCGAAAAAAAAGCGGAAAAAGUUCCCGAACAAAAGCCCAUGGCGCAAUGGCAGCCGACGAAAGAGGGUUAUUUGAAUUUCCUCGUAGAGUCGAAAGCUGUGUACGAUGCCAUGGAAGCUAUUGUCGCCUCGAAUGCGGAUCCUAUGUAUAAGGCGUUCAUCGACUGCGGUCUCGAACGUUCCGAAGCUUUGGAUAAAGACAUUGAGUGGUUUCGGGAAACUUUGGAAAUGGAGGUUCCCGAGGCGAAAGGGGCAGGUAAAGAAUACGCUGAAUUUCUCAAGAACUUGGCGAAAGAGUCACCGCCUCGUUUCUUAUGUCAUUUUUACAACGUCUACUUUGCGCACUCGGCCGGCGGGAAGAUGAUAGGAAGAAAGGUUUCGGAGAUGAUUUUAGACGGAAAAGAGUUGGAAUUUUACGUUUGGAACAAAAACGGAGGGUUAGAAAAGUCUCUCGCGGAGGUCAAGGAGAAACUUAACGAAGCUGCCGAAAAAUGGAGCCGGGAAGAAAAAGAUGUUUGCUUAGAAGAGACGUCAAAAUCAUUUCAACUUUCCGGAGCACUCUUGCGGCUCAUAGCGUAA